CAAACCACAUCACCAUCUUCUUCUUUUUUUUUUUUUCUUUUCUAUAUAAAUUAUUUGUAUGAUUUUAUGCUUUGUUUGCUAGCAAUGCUUUGAUUUUCAAACACAUGGAAAAAAAAGAAGAGUUUUUGUUGGUUUCCAACAAAGAUUUUUCCAUACAUUGUGGUUGAGAACUUGUGGAAGAGAUUAUUCAAGAUUUUUUUUUUUUUUAAUAUCUUUUCAUAUAUAUACAUAGAGUGAGAGACUAAUUAAUGCUACAUUGCAUUAGAGGUGUUAUUUUGGAGGAUUUUUAUUAGGAUGGAGCACAAGUUGUUUGAUUCUUGGAACUCUGAGGUUUUGUUCUUGAGAAAACCAUGCUUGAAGCCUUCUCUGGGAUUCUCCAAAACUCUCUGUUUUCAUUCAGCUAAAGGGUUUAUGUUAAAGGCUUCUUGUUCAAUUACUAGUACUUCAAGUGAAGAAGAAAUUGAUGCAGUUUCCCCCAAAAAGUCAUUAGACAAUAGUUUUUCGAAACUAAAUGGAAAUGGCUUCAGUUAUCCAUGGCCAUCGUCCCGAAAAACUUAUAGUCUUGAUGCAUUCGAAGACGAGUAUGGGGGCAUUGUCAUUAAUUCGGAGAAAUUACCCCGGAAUGCGAAUGCCUUCGCUUCUAUUCUUCAUGUAUCUCUUUCUCAAUGGAAAUUAGAGGGAAAGAAAGGGGUCUGGCUCAAGCUACCUCUACAACAUUCAGAGCUUGUUCCUGUUGCAGUUAAGGAAGGAUUCAAGUAUCACCAUGCAGAGGAAUCAUAUGUCAUGCUAACAUACUGGAUUCCUGACGGACCUUGCAUGCUUCCCGCCAAUGCUUCGCAUCAAGUUGGCGUGGGGGGUUUUGUCAUCAAUGACAAAAAUGAGGUGCUUGUGGUGCAAGAGAAAUAUUGUUGUUCGGCGACGGAAGGUGUAUGGAAACUUCCCACAGGAUUUAUACUCGAGUCCGAGGAAAUCUUUUCUGGAGUUGUAAGAGAGGUGAAAGAGGAAACCGGAAUUGAUACAGAAUUCGUCGAAGUGAUUGCUUUCAGGCAUGUACAUCAUGUGGCUUUUGAAAAGUCAGAUUUGUUCUUCAUUUGUAUGCUUAAACCUUCGUCGAGCCAAAUUCAAGUCGAUGAACAAGAAAUUCAGGCAGCAAAGUGGAUGCCAUUGACGGAGUUCAUCGAACAACCAUUCAUCCAAGAAGACAACAUGUUCAAGAAGAUCAUCGACAUUUGUAUAGCUCGUCUCGGGAAAGCGUACUGUGGAUUACAAGCUCAUCAUCUUGUGUCCAAGUUUGAUGGCAGAAUAUCAUCUUUGUAUUACAAUGUGGUUGAGCCUGAGGACUUCACUUGCCAAGGAAUUUGAAGUCCAAAAGAACAAUGAAUAUAGUGUUGUAUAUUUGUACAUUAAUCAUCACAUCAAGGACUGACUUCUAUCUUUAUAUAACUUCCAUAUCAAUGUGCAAUACUUGGAUCAUUUUAAUAACUUGUUUUGUGAAUUUUACUGUUAAUAUUAAACAGUGAAGUUGAUAAAAUU